GCUCUCCAGGGUGCUGAAGUUGAAUCUCUCAACGCCACUGACGAGCCUCAUCAAACCCUUGUUUGUGAGCUGAGAUCUGCUCAACGUUUGUUUAUGCCCACGGCGCGACUGAUGCUGGAAAACCGUCGGGAAAGAUGACCGCCUAACCAUAUGAAGGAUAUAAAUCCACGUUAUCAAAGAAAACACUGAAGGAGAGAGGUACGACUUUGUGGAGAUGUUUUAACGCACCAAGAGGCCCAUAUAAAUAAUGGUGUCUCUUUGUAACAUCCAUCUCUCAUAACGGCUUCUAACGGAGGACAAUGCAACAUAUUCACCUCCCACUCGGAGGUGCUUUAUGGGAGUUCUCCAGUUACCCCUGCUGCCCCGUCCUCUGGAGCAGACACAGCCUCUCCACGCUCCCAUUUUACAGCAUUACACUAUGGAUUAUUCUAGGCGUUUUGACGUUUCCAUGCUGUGUCCAAUGCCUGAUUUUCAAAGUAGGUGUCCUGGGGCCUUGGAACUGUGACCCUUAUUACGCCAAAUCACUUCCUGCCAUUGCGUCCAGACUGGCUGUUGGCCGCAUAAACGAGGAUUUUAGUUUAGACCUGGGCUGUACGAUGGACUUCGUCAUCCUUCAGGAGGCUUGCGAGACGUCCAAAGCCUUGACCUCAUUUGUACAAUAUGAGAACACUGUUGAUGCGUUUAUAGGUCCUACAAAUCCAGGAUACUGCAAUGCUGCAGCUCUCAUGGGCAAGAAUUGGGACAAGUCUGUAUUUUCAUGGGCGUGCAUUAAUUAUGAGUUAGACCGGGUCCAGGGCUACCCAACAUUUGCUCGAACUUUACUGUCCCCGACACGGGUGCUCUUCAGUGUGCUUAGGUUUUUCAGCUUGGCUAACAUAGCCAUCGUGUCUUCUAAUGAGGAUAUAUGGAUAGACACAGCUACCAAUUUGGCUAGUGCUCUCAGAAACCAGGGGCUUCCUGUCGGCAUCGUUGUGUCCAUGGGGAAUAAUGACACCGUGCUGGAGAACACGUUGCUGAGCAUACAAAACGCAGGGGAGAUAAAAGUCAUCAUUAUGUGCAUGCACUCAGCGCUCAUUGGAGGAGAGCAGCAAACGUCGUUCCUGAUGAAGGCCUAUGACAUGGGACUGACGAAGGGUCAGUACGUGUUUAUACCAUACGACACUCUCCUGUACAGCCUGCCCUACACCAACACCACCUACUUCCCGCUGCAAAACAACACCAAACUGCGCAAAGCCUACGACGCUGUGCUUACCAUCACCAUCGAGUCAGACCCGAUGUCGUUCAACGAAGCGUACAACAUGGCCAAACGAUUCGGAGAGCUGAUGGUGUCACAGGAGCCAGAGCAGGUCUCUCCGCUCUUUGGUACAAUCUACAACAGUUUGUACCUCCUUGCCAAGUCCAUGCACAACGCUAGAAGAGCUGGAAAGUGGUUAUCUGGGUCCAACCUGGCCUCCUUCACCAGUAACAUUUCAUUUUCUGGGUUCAGCCAGAACAUCCGGACGGACGCGCAAGGGAACGGGCAGAGCGACUACGUGAUCUUAGACACUGAUGGCUGGGGGUCUGAACUGUAUCGCUGUUUUUUUGUGAACCUUACGUUAGAUAAGGUGCUGUUCGCUGGCACGUACAUUCAUUUCCCUGCAGGUUCACCUCCACCUUCAGACUCCAACUGCUGGUUUGACCCCAGUGGCAUCUGCACAGGAGGUGUGGAAAUAAUAUAUGUCAUCAUAGCAUUUGUGAUUGUCCUCAUUAUGGUUCUUGGUUCUAUUGGGCUAACUCUAUUCAUAAGGAGGCGAAUCCAACAAAUCCAGCUGAUCAAAGGGCCCAACAGAAUCCUGCUUACGCUUGAGGACCUAACCUUCAUCAACCCUCAGCUGAGCAAGAGGAAAAUCACCCUUGAGGAUCUUAGCGACUCUAAAAGUUACAUUGAGGAGAAGAGCACAGGCGAACGUUCCCGGUCUGUGAACAGCAUGGCAACAGCAACUCAUGAGACUUCAAACGUGGCUGUAUAUGAGGGCGACUGGGUGUGGCUAAAAAAAUUUAAAGAGGGACAUUUCAAGGAGGUUAAACAAAGCACCACUAAGAUCUUCACCAAGAUGAAGGACCUACGGAAUGAAAAUGUCAAUCCAUUUUUGGGGUUCUUCACCGAUUGUGAGAUGUUUGCUAUUGUGACUGAACACUGUUCUCGGGGGAGUCUACACGAUCUCCUUCGCAAUGAAGAUGUCAAACUGGACUGGAUGUUUAAAUCUUCUUUAGUGCUGGAUCUUAUCAAGGGCAUGAAAUAUCUUCACCACAGGGAAUUUCCUCACGGGCGCCUGAAGUCUCAUAAUUGUGUAGUAGAUGGACGUUUUGUCCUAAAGAUCACUGAUUAUGGAUACAAUGAGAUUCUUGAGACCCAGAAAGCUCCAAAGGAGACCCCACCUCCAGAGGAUCUAUUCUGGACAGCCCCCGAACUUCUCAGAGACCCCGAAAGUCAACGGAAAGGAACUUACAAAGGAGAUGUGUAUAGUUUUUCGAUUAUACUUCAAGAAGUGGUGGUCAGAGGAGCGCCGUACUGCAUGCUCGGCUUGUCUCCUGAAGAGAUAAUGAGGAAGGUGAAGAAACCUCCGCCUAUGUGCAGGCCCACCGUCGCUCCAGAUCAAGCUCCACUGGAAUGCAUCCAGUUAAUGAAGCAGUGCUGGAGUGAACAGCCAGAUAGAAGGCCUCCUUUUGAUCAGAUCUUUGAUCAGUUCAAGCUCAUCAACAAGGGCAAAAAGACCAAUAUUAUUGACUCCAUGUUGCGUAUGCUGGAGCAGUACUCCUCUAACCUGGAGGACCUGAUCAGGGAAAGAACAGAAGAGCUGGAGGUGGAGAAACAGAGGACAGAGAAGCUUCUGGCUGAGAUGCUUCCUCCUUCCGUGGCAGAAGCUCUAAAAACCGGUGCCUCCGUGGAGCCUGAGUACUUUGAUCAAGUCACCAUCUACUUCAGUGACAUUGUAGGCUUCACCACCAUCUCGUCCCUUAGUGACCCAAUCGAGGUUGUAGACCUGCUCAAUGACCUUUACUCCCUAUUUGAUGCCGUGCUUGGCAGCCACGAUGUCUACAAGGUUGAAACCAUAGGAGAUGCCUACAUGGUGGCCUCUGGGCUGCCGAAGAGGAACGGCAACAAGCAUGCAGCCGAGAUCGCCAACAUGUCCCUGAACAUUCUCAGCUCCGUUGGCUCCUUCAAGAUGCGGCACAUGCCAGAAGUUCCGGUCAGAAUACGGAUCGGCAUUCACUCAGGGCCGUGUGUUGCUGGAGUCGUGGGUCUAACUAUGCCUAGAUACUGCCUUUUUGGAGACACAGUCAACACCGCCUCUCGUAUGGAAUCUACAGGGUUGCCUUACAGAAUUCAUGUGAACAUUAGCACAGUGAACAUUCUCCGCUCACUAAACGAUGGCUACGAAAUAGAAGUCAGAGGAAAGACUGAGCUUAAGGGGAAAGGCAUAGAAGAAACAUACUGGCUUGUUGGAAAAUCAAAUUUUACAAAGCCUUUGCCAAAACCACCAGAGAUCAAACCAGGAGAUAACUGGCAAGAAAUGAUGACGGAGGAGAUCAAGUCAAUAUUUCGCAAGGCCAAGAGACAAGUGGACAAGCCCAAAAUCUGAGAAGCCCAAGGAUGUUAAAACUGACCAAGAAGGAAAGAUACACGACAAGUUGCAUUGGAGAGAAACAAAGGACAACACAAGCAUGUGUGUUUCACUGCAGCUUACAAAGACUACUUUAAUAGGAUUGGUUGUCGUCUGUCUAAUCCGACUCUGCCCAGCGCAGCAGAAACAACAGCGCUAAUGAAAUGGCCACUGAAGAACAAGUAGUCAGUGAAAGUGUAUUUCUUUCCCAAUGUCUAACACAGUCACACUUGCUCUGUUCUGGUCACAGAGCAGCUCAGUGUGCGUCUCGUACCAAAGGCGAAUUCACAUUUGAGUUUUUUUCACAGAUGUUUCGCAUUUUGUGUUCUCACAUAUUUGCUACUCAUGGUGGGGCUUUAAUUGAUUUUCUUUGAUCUUCUCUAACCAAAAAAACUAUGUAGUGACAUAAUCAGAUUUGGCAAGGCUUAGUGGACAUCUGCUACAAAGACCAAAUGGGAUAUUUUAGCAAUGUUUAUGCAAAAGCCAAAUCGACUGAAGUUGGUUGAUAGCAAGCGAUUGCAAAUGUAAGGCUGCUGUAUGUUGUCUUUGGACUCAUGAAAUAUGACUGUGUUUAUGCUGAGUAAGAUGCUUAAGAGAAAUUACAAAAUGGAAUGGAAUAAUUCUGUGAAUUCUGAUCAUUUAUGCAAAGAUAUUUAUUUAUACUAUGCAGAAUAUUUAUUAGUUGUAUCUUGCAAUACAUUUAGAAAACAGGGCAAAACUGAUACUGCUUUUAAAUUACAUAUAAAAUCUGACUAAUUGGUUUAAUAAAAGGUCCUAUCUCUCUCUCAAGAAGAUCACGUGCUUGUACUGGAUAUAAAAUGAAAUGUUUAAGAUGCUGUGCAGUUUAAGUUGUAUUAAACAUGUAGGCUGGGUUUGUCUGAGUGGGACUGUCUGCCUUACAUAAGCUUUUAAAAUGAUAACUUGCGUUUUCUUUAAAUCAAACCUGUCGGGUACAGCCUGAGUGGCAUUUUUAUUUAUAAUUUUUCUGACUGAUCUCAUUUUCUGAGAGUAAAGGCCGGUCAGAUUUCAACAGGCCUCUUUGUAAUUGUUCAGUUUUGCACUUUCAGCAUUUUUAAUUGUCUGUAAAACAUGUAUAUAAGUACUGUACAAUAU